UCCGCCUGGGUCAGCGGGGUGGCUGCUCCAAGCUGCUGACUCAUCAGGUGUCCGUCGGCUUCCGAGCGGGCGGGGUCGCGCGCGGGCUGGCAGGGGCGGCGGGGAGACCCUGCUGAGCGGCUUGAGCUCGCCACGCGCGUGCGAGCCCAGCGGAGACGUGCUGAGUCAUCAGCAUGAGGUCACUUGGUGCUCCUGCUGACGCCGGGCUGGGGCGGGGGGCCCAGGCCCGCUAUCGGGCCGUCUGAGUGGGAGGCAGGGCUAGAUCCGGGCGGCGAAGGUCGGGCCAGGAUCCCGGUCGUGUUUAAGUUUGACGGACCCGUAAGUUGGAGGCAAAGGCCUCCAAGGAGGCAUCAUUACUGGGGCGCGCCGCAGGUUUCUCCCAGGGUGGAAGGUAAAGUCCCAGGCUUACGCAUCCCUCCUAGGAUCUUGGGCUUCUGGUCCAGGUCCCUCUCCUGGUCCAGUUCCCCAAACUGGGAGACACAGAUCGGAGUACGCCGAGGGGUGGAGCUUAGGUGGGCCGAGCCAGCUUGUCUGGGAAGGAGGCUUUCCUUCUGAGUGACCCCUGGCUGGACGGAAGAGACCGGGAGCCAGGGGAGAAGGGUGUGUGGCUUGAAGGAAGCUGGGGCAGCUCCACCAGCUAAUGGAAGGAAAGGGUAGAUCUAGGUAGGCGCAAGCAUGGAGUGGAAAUGUAGUUCUCAUUUACCUCUACGUUAUCCCUGUCAGAAGAGUUUGGGGUCCCACUGUUGCCUGAAGUUGGCAAAAGUGUGCCUGCCCUGUUGGGUGUCUGACCUGAUGGCUGUGGAACUCUUGGGAAGUGACAGCCUGUGUGGGUGUGGCCUCCACCUUUGCAUGGCUGAAUGGAUAUUUAUUGACUUCUCUGUUGUAAAGGUUCCUGAGCUCUAUUCUGCAUUGCUUUCCUUUUCGGGGUUUCAUGGCUAGCUUCAGCAGAUCUUGUGGUUUGUGCUUAAGGGUGUCUCCUCAACACUUAACUACACUUGCUUGUAGGUGCCAAGUGUUUUCAUUGAGGGGUGGAACUUUAUUCCCUAUGAAAAUUCAAGAUCCCAGAAAGGUGUUUAAGCUUUGGAGUUACUAUGCUUCUGUGAACAUAAAGUUUUAAGUUCUUUUCAGCUAAUGUCAGUAUCUGAAGGAGGGGAGACCUAAGUCAGGGUCUCCUGCACUGGAGUUUGAAGGCAAGGUUGAGCAAGGGUCACUGACUUUGCUUGAGACUAACGUCCAGAUUGUCUAAUGUGAGAGGACUUAGGUGGGCCGAGCCAGCUUGUCUGGGAAGGAGGCUUUCCUUCUGAGUGACCCCUGAGAUGCCCAAACCUUUUCUUUCUUGUCAGUCUGAGUGGGUGGCCCCGAGUCCCUUGGUGCCUUGUGAUUAUCCAUAGCUGUCAGUAUUUGGAGGAGGGCGGGGUUGGGGGGACAGCUCGUCUUGAUUAUCUUCCCUGAGCUUCUUCCUCAGGCUCUGAACUAUCUAUCCCUCAGCACAGCUGUCCUCCAAACCUGUCUGCCUGGUCACUCUGUGACCCUAGGUGGGUAGAAGCCAGGCAGGCAGCUGGAAGCACUGGCUUUGCUGAGACCUGCUCUUCCUGGUUAAGCAUACAUAUGAGUAUACACACGCACAUUUGUAUGCCCGCGCGCGCACACACACACACACACACACACACACACACCUUUGAUCAGGAGGCAAUUGGCUGUACUUGUGCUGAGUUCAGGCCUUCAGUAGAGGGUAAAAUCUGUUGAGGAGGCACUUUUCAGCUCCCAGCCACCGCACUCUGCACUUUUCUGUGCAGUCUCAGGAAGUCACCGCUUUGAGCUCAGCAGUCUGUGUGAGGGAAGCUCCUGCUGGGGCUGCCUCUCUUCACCUCGACUUGUGCACCUGGUAUGAGUCCGGGGCCCCUUCAGACCUCUCAUUCUGACUCUUGUCUUUCUCUUUGAUCUAGCAGGACCCUUGCCUCUGAAAAUGCCCUUAAUCUGGUCCUGGAGAAGUGUCUCGAGUCUGUGCUUGGUGUUUGCAUGUAGCCACACCUCCUGUACGAGGUUAAGAGUGGUAGGGUCUCUACUCAAGAGAACUUGUGCCUCUGCCUCCCUGGCUCACACUUUAGUCCCCUCGAUAAGUGUAAUAAGCACCCCCUCCCCCCACGUCCAGCACAUUGUUGCCUGAAGUGCUUACAGCCUUCAGCCUCCUCUGAAAGAGGCUGCAGCAACCUCACCUGCCAUUCCUUCCAUUCCCCUGCAUCUAACCUGGAGAGAGGAGAAGGCAUCUUUACCCAUGGGACUGACUGAUAGGUGCUGGGCUAAGUGGGGAUUCCCAGCCUGGGUCUACAAAAAAUGUUCUUGGCAAGGCUUUAGAAAGCUGAAAAUGAGAUUGUGUGCAGAGGGGCGGCUGGCUGUAGGAGGUAGCUGUUUUGCUUUUGUUUUCUGGCCCUGUGGUCAUUGACCCUAGGCAGAGGGCCAGAGACUAUCUGUGACCCAAAGGGGCUGGCUCUUGCCUCCUUCCCGCUAACAGUGCCCUUUCUCUGCUAAUUGUGGGGGCCCUUGUGAAACACCCAGUGUCGGGUGGGGCAGGAGCGCAGGAUGCCGCAACCAAGCCACAGGAUGGUUACCCCAUCUGUAAAGGAGGUGGACAGGGAGGACUGGAGGGGCCCGGGCUCAGCUACUCCCAGCUGGAUUGCCUGCUACCUGGAAGGUGAGAGGAUUCCCAGUAAGUGCAGUUAGAGCAGACCUGGUUGGUCCUUUGCCAAAAUGAGGCAGGAAGCAACUUCCUAAGUCUUACAAGGAGAAAGGGCUUUCUUUUGUCCUGGGUCAGCUUAGGGAAGCAUAUAUGGGAAGUGGGAUCCUGGAGUACAGGGUCCCUGACUGACCCUUGCCUGCUGUUGGUCCCAGUAGUAGGUCUCCUGGGGAACUGUUGGCUGGCCUCAGGAAUGGGAGAACAGCUCAGGAAGAGAGGGAGGCGAUAUGCUGAGUCAGCGUGACUCGCCAGGAACAGUGUGCUCUGGGGCAGCACUGGGGUUAUUUUUAAAGCUCAGCUUCCUUCUAGGCUUGCCCCUCCUGCAGUCCAGACCUUCUAAUCUCUUGCUGCUCCCUUUGUCUUCGGCCUUCACAUCGCUGGUUCUUCCCUGGGCAGAACCUCCUGCUCUCCCACCUGGCUCUCUGGGGGAAAGGGCCUGCUGAAGCAGUCCAGCUCAGGCUGAGCAAGGUUCAAGCAAGGGCUGUCCUCAGGUCAGAGUGCCUGCUCAUUGUGCCCCCGGGUUAUGACGACCCCCAAUAAAGGAAACAAGGCCUUAAAGGUGAAGCGGGAGCCAGGCGAGAAUGGCACCAGCUUGACUGAUGAGGAGCUGGUGACCAUGUCGGUGCGAGAGUUGAACCAGCACCUGCGAGGCCUAUCCAAGGAAGAGAUUAUCCAACUGAAGCAGCGUCGUCGCACACUGAAGAACCGCGGCUACGCAGCCAGCUGUCGGGUGAAGCGGGUGACACAGAAGGAGGAGCUGGAGAAGCAGAAGGCGGAGCUACAGCAGGAGGUGGAGAAGCUGGCCUCUGAAAAUGCCAGCAUGAAGCUGGAGCUCGAUGCUCUGCGCUCCAAGUAUGAGGCCCUGCAGAACUUUGCCAGGACCGUGGCCCGAAGCCCUGUGGCCCCAGCUCGAGGUCCCCUUGCUGCUGGCCUGGGGCCCUUGGUCCCUGGCAAGGUGGCUGCCACCAGUGUCAUCACAAUAGUGAAGUCCAAGACAGAUGCUCGGUCGUAGGGACACGUGCAAUCGCCAGGCAGGUCUUUAAGGGGCCACUAAGUGCGUGGCAAAGUUGGCAGCCCUGUCCCUCUUCCUUUCCUUUUCCUGUCUCUUCUCCUCUCCCUUCCCCCUUCCCUCCCCUGCAAAGCACAACCUGCACCCAGGGGCGUUGGGCUGAGCCCCUUUGAUAUCAUCCUUGUCGUCACGCGUGUGUUUCGUACGUUGGGAUUGGUCAGUUCAACAGUGAUGUUGGGUUGCCUCUAACCCCUUUGUACCAAGGCCAUGCAGGCUAGGAGUCCAGAGUGGGCACUGUGGGAAUGGACAGGAGUGCACUGGGCUUAGGUCUGCCUUUCUCUCUGGUGGUCUGCAGGCCCUGCAGGCUGCCGGUCUGCAGUGGGACUUGAGAGCUUUCUCUUCAGAUUCCAGUGGGCCUCUCAGCUUGAUCCAGAAAGGAAGAGACGGGCUCUGCCCUGAAAAGUGGUUAUGUCUUGAAGGCCCUGGAUGGAUAGGCCACCAGCCUGGGCACUGGGGCAGGAACCAUGGUGCUGGAGCCUGGCACAGUGCACUGGAUAAGACCAAAUCGCCGGUUAUAAGUGUGGGUGGAAGGUGUGUCAGUGUGUCCUGCGAUGGGUCCGGUGUCACUGUUUACAUGACCUAUUUGUGUGGUUAUAUAGCCCUUUAUUUAAAAGAAAAGUUCCUUUUACGAAGUUAUUAAAUUAUAUGUUUAAGAGCUAAAAAGGAAAAAAAAGAGCUGCAGAGUAUUUAUAAAAUUGUCUUAAAAAAAAAAACAAAAAAAAACAACAUUUGACCGUAUAAAUGGAAAAGGGAAGAAAGUAUAGUAGAAACUUUGCUAGUUAAAAAAAAAAAUCCCUUUCUUGUAAACUUGGGACAGCUCUGUGGCUGUUGGAGUUUAGUUUUUAUACACAGAGUUAACAGACAUUACUUAUAAAAACUUAGUUUAAAAAAAGAAAAAGAAAAAAAAAAGCCGCGCUGCGAGCCGACCAGAGGCCGUCCUCUUUGAUAUCUCUUUUGCAAUUGUACCGAAAGUGACUUACGCCUUUGCCCUUCCUGCUUCCGUCUUGCCGGUGCCGUGGUGUUGUCCGUGCCUGGUGAGCUUUUGUGCAGCCGUAAAGUGCUGGUGCUUCUGGUGACCUUUGACCUGUGGCUGUCCUGUGUGGGUUUGUGUGUGUGUGUGUGUGUGUGUUUUGGAUUUUGUUGUGAUUUUGCUUCUGCUGACU